AGUUUUACUUUUGGUUUUGUAUACAGAUUGGAAGUAGAACAAAUUACAAAGCAGUUUUUUUUUCACAUUUCAUUUGAAAUGACCAGUAAGGGAAUGGAGAGUUUUUUAAGCAAGUUACCUAAUCUUCAAAUAAGAGACAAGAUCAGAGUGGAUGAUACAGUGGACCAAUUGCACCAUUUUGUAACUGUCUAUUUAUUUGCCUCCUUUGCUCUCAUGAUUGGGUUGAAAGAAUAUGCUGGCACUCCUCUAGACUGCUGGGUAACCCUUGCCAACUUUAAACACUUCCAAGAUCAUGUCAACUCAUACUGCUGGACCCAUCGACUUUACCGCUACCCAGAUAAACAUAACCUUAGCAAGGAAGAAACAAUUUAAAAGUACCAUGGAGAAAGUUAUAGGGAUGUUAAAAAGCCUGAACAUCAAGGCUACCAUUCGGGAUGAUGACACUGUAGAUCAACUGCACCAUGUUUUCACAGUCUUCAUGCUUGCAGCUUUUGGGAUAGUUAUAGGCUUGAAGGAAUACACAGAGGGGCCAUUGAACUGUUGGUUAAAUUAUACCAUGAAGCAUUUUCAAGAUCAUGCCAACUACUAUUGUUGGAUGAACAAGCUAUACAGAUAUCCCAACCCUGAUAAUCUCUCACAGGUUCCUUAUGAGUUGGACAGUGAUGGAGGCCCUCAAAAUACAACUCUUCUUCACAAUAGUGAAACUGUGGGCCAGAUCAAUUUUUACAGAUGGAUAACUGUUAUUUUCUUAGUGCAGGCCUUACUGUUUAAACUUCCCAACUUGGUGUGGAACAUUUGUAAUGAGUAUUCUGGAACCCAAAUAGAAAAAAUGGUGACCAUGAUUGCUGACAGCUCGUUUGAUUCAAAAGAAAAAAAAGCGACAACAUUUUCCAGUGUGGCAGAGUACUUAGAGACUUGGCUAAAAAUAAAUCGCAAACCAUUUUGGUUCAUGAAAAACAGAGUUACACAACAAAGUAAGAAGAUUCUCCGUUACUGGAUGAUAUGUCUGGGGGCCAACACAAGAAACUACCUAUCUACUAUGUACUUGGUCAUCAAGGCUGCUUUUCUUCUCAAUGUAGUUCUACAGUUCAUUAUGCUGACUGCAUUCCUGGAUUUUAACUACUGGCAUUAUGGAGCUAAAGCUUUGGAGAUCUAUCAUAAAACUCGUUCAACUCAAGAUAGAACACACUUCCCUAGAGUGGCGCUGUGCCAUUUCCAAGUUCGUGGUAGUGGCCAUUGGAUUCAAUGUCUUCUGACAAUCAAUAUGUUGUUAGAAAAACUGCUUAUUGUUGAGUGGUUCUGGCUGAUGGUUCUAUUGUGUAUUACCAUCUACAGUUUGUUUAAUUGGUUGGCUAGGAUCCUAAGAACUGGACAGUCUGUAAAGUUCAUUGUAAAGUACUUGUCUGUUUUCAAUGAUGACGGAACUCUGCCACAGGAUGGUAAAAGGACUGUUCUUACAUUUGUACGUGAUUACUUGGGCAAUGAUGGUGUCUUUAUGCUGCGUAUUCUGGCACUCAACACCAAUGAUGUUGUUAUGUCUGAGUUGAUCUGCAGUGUUUGGAAGCGUUACAUUGAUUACAAUAAUACAUCUUCCGGUAAAGAAGAUCCAGAGAAAGCUCCAGAACCAAGCUGCGAUAUUACAAUGGAUGAUGUUGAGCUGAAGCCUCUGACAUCUAAUGAUAAACUUAAUGAUGAGCUUCACAUACAGUGACAAGGCAUGAACAAUAAGAGCAUUGCUUGAUCUUUUUAUUUGUCAAUUUUAACUUUGUUCUUUGAUCUUCAAUAUUUGAAUGUCAUGCAAUUUUUUUUUUCUGAGUAAAGUAAGCCACUAUGAUUGUUUUAGUUAUGUUAGGAUAUGUUGACUUCAUGUGUAUAUUCUAAUGAAAUUAGCCACCAAAUCAACUUACUGGAAAAGUAAAUUGUAUUUGUUUAUGCAAGAUUUGAUGUGCAUUAAUUCAACAAUUGCUUCAUCUGUUGACACCAUAAGCUGGUUCCCCUCCCCAUAUACAUUAAUGUAUAAACUAAUUCUACAAUGUUUGUUUAUACUUCUAUACAUUAAUGUACAAGCUAAUAGACUAAUUCUACAAUUUUUGUUUAUACUUUUAUACAUUAAUGUACAAGUUAAUAGACUAAUUCUACAAUUUUUGUUUAUACUUCUAUACAUUAACUCUUCAAGACCGCAAUGACGCUGACAGCGACCAGUCUCCCGGCCGUGCUAACUUAAUGACGCUUCCAGCAUCCGAUCACUAUUUCCCUGUUUACUUCUUUUUCUUUUCUAAUCCACGUUUUUAAUCCCUUAAAUGGUUUAAGGAAACGCUAGAGCGGACAUUUUGAAAGUUUUUUCAUUCUGAUACUUUGUUGAUCUAAGCUGUUUUUAUUGUUCUAAAUUUUUUUUUUGUAAGUGACUAGUGAAUUUUUCGUUUUUUUGCAUCAGACAUCAUGGCAGACAGGCCUUCUUGCUGUUUUACUGCUGAUCAGGCUCUAAAUAUCUUUUUAGAUACAAAUGAUAGUGACAUGAGUGACUUAGACUUAGAGUUAGAUAGAGAUUCUAGAGCUAGAAAGUUAUAAUGAAAGCGAUCUUCAGACUCAAGCGAGUCUGAUAGUGAAUUAUUCAUCCCUAGAUCUAGUAAAAGUAGUAAACGAAAGGGGGCGUUGCCCCAGCCAGGCCCUAGUAGAUCUAGAAAGAAACCUCACUAAAAGUGUAAAUAUUGAUCAAGUUUGACAAAGUUAUGUUUUUUAGAUAAUUGGAUAGAGUUUAAUAUUUCAUACAAUAAUAAUGAUUGAGGACUGUUGGAAUAUUCUUUUUUUACUUGGGAAAGUCCGUUUUUAAAGAUCAAAUUUAAAAAAAUAUUUUUUUUCAUCUCUGAAAUUACCUAAUUUUUUUUUCCAGUGACUAUCUAUAACAUUGAAAGAUAAAUUAUCUUGUAGUACAUUCAAUUUCCAACAAAAUUUUAUCUAACAUGUCUAUGUUUUAACAAACAGAAAAAACAGUAUGACGUUUAUAAAAAGGCUUAUGUGAUAAAAAUUGUGGGGGAAAAAAAAAACCCGGUAGAAUGAGAAAAAAAUUACGGUUUUUAAGAGUUAAUGUAUAAACUAAUAGACUAAUUCUACAAUUUUUGUUUAUACUUCUAUACAUUUGACUGAACUUGUGCUUUUCCUAAACUUCUUUUUUUUGAGAUUAUUUACAAUCCUUGAUAUUUGUACUUAGUUUACAUCCUAGUACAACUUUUGUAUGUUAUGUACAUAGUAUGUUCCUGGGUUUUGUUCUUCUUUUUUAAUGAACAAAUGUACAUUUUACUUUCAAUUUAUCAAUGAGAUCACAUUAUAUACAUACACAUCUCUGAAAGUGACCUACUAUAUAGGAUAUUGGUUUUCCAAUGGUGCUUUCAUCAUACAUCUCCCAGCACUUAGGUUCAUCCUUGAAUGAAAUGAACACAGCAUAUACAUAUUGCUCACCCUGCACUUGGACAUGCUCUUGUAGACAGUUUUUUUUUUCAUGUUUGUUAAUUACAGUAGGAAAAGACUUUACGUGUAUAAUGUACAUGCUGCAUCAAUUUUGUUUUCUUCCAUCAGUUCUGUUGUGCACAUUAAUUAUAUUCACACAUAACCUGUGACAUUUAUUUAGAUCUUUGACUGUUUGAAACAUUUUUCUUCUGAAGUUACAUGUAGCUAAUGCUUGUAAACAAUGUUUAUGAAUUAUUUGGUCUGUUUUAACUUAAAAAUAUUUUAUUCUACUCUGCUCUAGUCCACUAAGAAUAGUCAUACGGGCAGCCUGCCUUGCCUUAACAAUUAAAUCUUUCAAUAAAUGUUAUCACUUUUUGAAGUAAAAAAAAAAUCAUUAAAAUUUUUUAAGAUCUCAUUAUGACCUGAUAGUAAUUUAAAUCUUCAAUAGUUUUUACUCAAAUAUUUGGUUGAUGCUUAGACUGAGAUUAAUUUUUAAAUUAUUUUUUUUUUAUCUUGUUUGUGUCUAUUUCUGAGUGCCUGAAAGUUCUCAUCAUUCCAUUGUGUUCUUGCUCAUGGUCUGUAUAUAUCAUUUUAUUGGGCAGUUUUUCCUUUACCUUUAACCUUGUUUUUAUUUGAAUGUUGACUAUACAGGCCUCCAUGUUCAAAUGUUAUUUAUAGUCCCAGCUAUACUUAAAAGGCUUUUGAAAAAAGUACAAAGUAUAAUUAUCAUGCAUACAGAUUUUUGUGUGUUUACAUCACAAAAUGUGGCGUAGCAGAGAUAGUUCAGUUGUUCAUUAAUUAUGAAAUAUGUUUAAGAUCUUGAUUUAUUGAAGAGGUUUGAAAGGAAUCUAUUGACAAUGACAUUGUAUAAUGAAAUUUACUUUAAGUUAUUGCUAUUUAAAAACUAGUCCCAGCUCUUGCUAUCAGGGUGUCCCUUGGCCCAGAAUGAACCCAGGAGUUGACUUGUAAAUGUUGUUUUAGCAAACUAAGUAGGUUUAUUGAAUAAUUUUAAUCCUCUGAACUAGUUUUGAUUGGUAAAUUAGUUCAUUUUAAAUUGACUAAGAGCAAGGUGCAGUAAUCAAUGUUAAAAAAUUUGAACAAUUUUGGUGAAGCUCUUGUGAGAUAGUGAUGUAUUAAUAUAGAUAUUGAGGUAGUUAUUAGAGUUCAAGCUGUUGGUUUUAUUUUUAUCUUUGUUGGUGUAGUUGAUACAAUGUAAUGGUUAAAUUUUUAUGUAUUGCAUAUUUUUAGUUUUGAAAUCUCACAUUUGUAUUGACAUUGGUUGACUGUCACUUUGUUCAAUACAAUAAAGAACACUUACUUUUUUCUUGAUUAUUUUAGAAAUGUUUGAGUGUCAUCAGUUCACUAAAGAUAGAAAGGAUGAAAUAUAUUUGACUCUGAGUUACCUUUUAUUGUUAAAUAUUACAUUUUUUAAAUGUGAAAAUGAGUGAAAUGUAAUGACAGUUCACUGUUGUACAUGUCCUGCUUAAUCAUUGUUGAAGUCCAUCACACAAACAGAUUUUUUUACAUGUCAAUAAAUAAGAUUAUAUUUGAUUUUGAUAUUGCUUGAACAAAUUAAUUGAAGACUACCAUGUUACUAAUUCAGUACUAAAUGGUUUUAAAAGCCCUGCAUAGAAAUAGUUUAUUACCAAUAUGUUUCAUACUGUUUCUACUGAACAUCUGAUUGUAUUUGUAGUUCAAACUAGUGUACUCUUUAGUACUGUUCUUACUGAUCUUAUAGUCAUCUUAUCUAGUCACUAUUUUGUGGGAAAAAAAUUGUUCACAUCUUGUUGAAUAUGUUACUUGCUUGAUUGUCACAUUGAGUCACCUAAUCAGUAUUGAACACAUUAUGCUUGGUGUUGUCAGACAUGUUUAUCUACUUAUUCAAUAACAGUCCCUAGUACUAACUCAGGACUGUUCUUAUACAGCCUUCAUUUUUUUAAAAAAAAAGCUUUUGCUUAAUUUUUUAAUAUUUUUUUUUGCAAGCUUUAGUGGUAUGAAAUGUUGUUUUUUUUUCUAAAUUCAUUCAUAGGACUUUUUGGUAUUUUUUUUUCAGAGAUUUUUAAUUAUAUAGAGUCAUAAUCAAAUAGUUGUUAAUGGCAUUUAUUUUAAUUGUUAAUUUUUGUGUGUGAAUAAUUUCAUCCUUUUUUAUCUGAACAUUUUGUGUAUGUACAAAGCAAAGUUUCAAAUCAAACUAGAAGCUAUGAUACACAUGUACAUUUGUAAGUAGCUAAAGUUUGUUCUGUGUGAUGAUGGUGCAACAUAUUGUAGUAACCCUUUACCUCUCAAUUUAUUUGUAUAUAUUAACAUUUGUGCUAGAAAUGUUGGUGGAGUUUGUGACUUAACAAUACUUCAUACAAAUAAAAUUUUAUUACAAUUAUUUUGGUCACAAGUAACUUCCUAGACAUGAGCUGAUUGUAACUAGCUUUUACCUAGGGCCUUUUAUGUCAGUUAACUUUCUAGACAUGACCUGAUUGUAACUAGCUUUUACCUAGGGCCUUUUCUAUCAGUUAACUUCCCCUUUUUAUCAACCUGUGUUAAUGCAUUGUAAUAUUUGCUGAUUUUUGUUAGGCAUUUCCAGACUUUGUCAUGUGGGUCAACUUUAAUAUGUGAUAGAACAACAGUACAUUAUUUAGUUGUAAAUGUAUCUAGUUGUCUGUAAAAGUGUGGAAUGUAUUUUGUUUUUAAAAAAAGUGUUGCUGUAUAUUUUGAUUUGAACACAAUUCAUCUCUAAUUAAACUUGACCCUGUUUAACUUGUACAUUUACCAAGCACCAUCAUCACAUUGAAAGUUACAUCAACUGAGUUGCUUUAUCUUCUAGUUAAUCUCAUAUUGUAUUCAUUUAUUGUGUUCAUUUUUUUGUUUACUUUAUUUUAUUGAGCAGUCACUGACCAAAACAGAGCUGGCUGCUUUAUAUGUGUGCAUACAUUUUUACUUCAAUACUUGAUAUCUAGUAUUUAUAAGUAGGUCAUUUUUAAUUAUCAAUUUGUUUUUUUUUUUUUAAUUGUGUACACGACUAGCAGUUAUUAUAUUAUAUAGAUGUAUUCAUAAUUUUGUGUUCAGUGUGUCGAAGAACCAGGGUCUCAGUCUGUACAAUUCUGUUCUUUCUUUUUGUUUAGUGUGUCAAAGAGAAUUCAUGACAAUAAUUUUGUGUUGGUUCAAUUAGAAACAAAACAAGUUUAAUGCCCAGUGUAGCUCCAUCUAAACAGAAUGCUUUUCAUGGAUCAGCAUUACUUGCAACAGAAUUGUUUCUAUCCUUUCAGCAGUGCAUGUUGGAAGUCAUGAGCCUUACUUUAGAUAUGUUGGUAGGUGAAUCAGGCUUUGGACAUCACUGCUUGAUAUAUGCAAGUGAAAAUGAUUUGCUAACAGUUAUUGUAAAAAUGCAGAUAUUUUGAUUCUUUGGUCUUAAGAUAAAUUCUAUUUGAAUUUUUUACUCAACUUAUAUAUUUGUUUGUACAACUGUUUGAAUUCCUUGUGAAAGACUCAGUGUGAGUUGGUCAACUAUUAAUUUCCUUUAACACCUGGUCUCACAAAUAGUUUUGGUAGUUGUAUAUUUGACUUGAGUUGUCAUUAGAAUAGUAUUUUUGUAUGUAGAUAAAUUCCAUAUGAAAUAAUGUUCUGUUUAUUUUGUAUGAAUCUCGUGUGGAUCUGUGAUGAUACUUGGCUUUACAUUUUUUUUAAUAUAUGAUUGGAAUUCAUGUUUCUGCAUGUAUUUAUCAAUUGCUAUCCUAUCGUUAAAAUGUUUUUAAAAAAAGUAUCAGAUUAGGAUUCACAUUUUUCAGUGGUGUUCUGUUAGUUCUGUUUGUAAUUUUAUGCCAAUCGUUGAAUGUGCAUUGUCCAGUUAGAAAGUAGAUGUGUGUAGUACAUGGUUGUGUUUAGUGCAUUAUAAUCUGUGUGUUUGCUGGUACACUCCAUGUUAUUCAUUACAUUUAUGUUUUCACUUAAAAAACACCAACAAAGUUUUCUAACUAAAAUAAACAUUCUGAAAACAUA